UCCACAUUCAGACACACACAACUGUUACGCACAGAGGGCGCAUGCUGGGUACAGUGCAGAUCUCAGAUUGAGCUACUCGUGGAAAGGUGCACACAUUCUCCUCCGUGCUCUCCACUCAAGUGUGACACUGCCGUGGACCUGUCCACUUCACGAGAGGCAAACCCCCGUGUGCGUAAAUCACGCGUGGACCAGAAGAGAGGCGCACCCCGGAGCCGGACUGCAACAUUCCACGGAUCCUUCUGACUCCCUUACGACGGAGUCAGCCCCCUUUUUGGGUGACUUUAACAUCUCCUUGAAUGUGAAUGUUCUGCCAGUACAUGGCAUGAGGCAAAUUAAAGACGUUUUUAUUUCGUUGUAUGACAUGUAGUUGUCACCUUGCUUAAUCGACGGUGACUGAAUGCGCGCCGUGGGACUAUUGAACUCAUUCCCGUUUCUUCACGAAGGGAUGUGGAGCACAUUUUAACUUCUACGAGUGGAAAGAUUGGAAAAUUGACACCGGGCUACUGCGUCUUCCAAGAUGGAUUUCGUGUGCUCGCUGUUUGGAUGGUUAUUGGCACUGUGUCAUGUGGUGCUGCAGAUCAGAGGAGAAAACGCAAGCGAGUGCAGGGGUAUCUUUGAUGCCAGCGAGGCCGGGUACAUCACCUCCCCCGGAUACCCACUUGAAUACCCGCCUCACCAGAACUGCCAGUGGGUCAUCACAGCGCCGGAGCCUUCGCAGCGCAUCGUCCUCAACUUCAACCCACACUUUGAGAUCGAGAGGCUGGAUUGCAAGUACGACUUCAUUGAAAUCCGAGAUGGCACUUCAGAAAAUGCAGACGUCUUGGGGCGGCACUGCAGCAACAUCGCCCCGGCGCCAAUCAUCUCAUCGGGUCCCUCCCUCCAGAUACGAUUUGUGUCGGACUAUGCUCACCAAGGGGCUGGCUUCUCUCUGCGCUAUGAAAUCUUUAAAACAGGGUCAGAAUUCUGCUUCCGCAAUUUCACCAGUAGCUCCGGUAUGAUCGAGUCACCGGGCUUCCCCGAUAAAUACCCCCACAAUCUCGAGUGCUCGUACAUGAUCAUUGCUCUGGCCAACAUGGAAAUCAGCCUCACGUUUCUCACCUUUGACCUGGAGAACGACCCGCUGUUGGUGGGAGAGGGCGACUGCAAAUACGACUGGUUGGACGUGUGGGACGGCCUGCCGCAAGUGUCCCCGCUGAUCGGGCGGUACUGUGGCACCAAGAUCCCUCCAGAGAUUCAGUCGUCCUCUGGGCUGCUGUCACUUUCCUUCCACACAGACAUGGCGGUGGCCAAAGAUGGCUUCUCUGCCCGCUACAACAUGACUCAUAAAGAAGUCAGCGACUCGUUUCACUGUAGCAUGCCGCUCGGCAUGGAGUCGGGGAAGAUCAGUGAUGACCAGAUCACUGCCUCCACAAGCUUCUACGACAACCGCUGGUUGCCACGUCAGGCUCGCCUCAACAACCACGACAACGCCUGGACGCCCUCAGAGGACAGCAACAAAGAGUACAUCCAGGUUGACCUCCACUUCCUGAAAGUGUUGACGGGCAUUGCCACCCAAGGGGCCAUUUCCAAAGAGACUCAAAAGUCUUACUAUGUCACCACCUUCAAGCUGGAGGUCAGCACCAACGGGGAAGACUGGAUGAUCUAUCGGCAUGGCAAGAACCAUAAGGUUUUCCACGCCAAUACAGACCCAGCCGAGGUGGUGCUCAAUCGCAUACCGCAGCCUGUUCUGGCCCGGUUUGUGCGCAUCCGACCACAGUCGUGGCGUAACGGCAUCGCCUUGCGCUUUGAGCUCUAUGGAUGCCAGAUUACAGAUGCUCCAUGCUCCAGACUGCAGGGCCUGCUGUCCGGCCUGCUGCCUGACAACCAGAUCUCGGCCUCCUCCAGCAGGGACAUGAUGUGGAACCCCAGCGCAGCCCGCUUGGUGGCCAGUCGCUCUGGCUGGUUCCCUGCGCCUUCACAGCCCCUUGCUGGAGAGGAGUGGCUUCAGGUGGACCUGGGUGUGCCCAAAACAGUGCGUGGAGUCAUCACCCAGGGAGCAAGAGGGGGAGAGGCAGCAGGUGGAGGAACAACAGAGAACAGGGCCUUUGUCAGGAAGUACAAAGUUGCAUAUAGCCUGAAUGGAAAAGAAUGGAAUUUCAUCAUGGACAGAAAGACAAGCCAGCCCAAGAUUUUCGAGGGUAACACACACUAUGGCACACCAGAGCUGCGUCAUUUUGAGGAGGCAGUGGCCCAGUACAUCAGACUGUACCCUGAGCGGUGGUCUCCAGCAGGGAUUGGGAUGAGAGUAGAAAUACUGGGCUGUGACCUUCCAGAAAUCACCACACCAGCAGACACGGCCACGCCCACACUUCCUGCUCAGACCACCACUAUCAUUGCAUCCACCACAGUCGCCACCCCUCCUACAGGAGAUGGCGCGUGUGACUUUGAGCAUGGUCUGUGUGGGUGGAUACAUGACCCUGGCGUCCCUCUCCUCUGGUCCCUGCACAGCCAUGAGCUCAACAGUCAUCUAUAUAUCGAAGCCAACCCAAAGACGGAGCAGCAGCGAGCCCGUCUCCUCAGUCCCAUUGUGCCAGCCGACACCGGGCCUGUGUGCCUCCUCUUUUCCUACCAAAUGUGGGGGGAGGCCCAAGGGCACCUCAGGGUCCUGCUGCGAGACGCCCACAAUGAGGAGACCCUCCUGUGGACACUGAAAGACGACCAGGGCCCAAUCUGGAAGGAGGGCCGCACUAUCCUGCCUCGUUCACCAAAAGACUAUCAGGUUGUGAUGGAGGGCUUCUUUGCACAUGGCACGAGAGGACAUGUCUGGAUUGACAACAUCCGCAUGAGCCCCAGCACGCCGCUGGAGGAGUGUACACAACCCAUCAACGCCUUCUCUCCAGAUAUGACCGGUGAAAAGCACUUUGGAGAUGUGCGGCUCGACACAGGCAGGGAACCGCUUGGGGGAGGUCUCCAGUUUCCAGAAUGGAACACAGCAUCGCCGUCGUUGGACCCUCCAGUGACUCCGGCCUCAGAGAAGGACAACUCGUGGCUGUACACGUUGGACCCCAUUCUGGUCACGAUCAUUGUGAUGAGUUCCCUGGGUGUCCUACUCGGGGCAGUGUGCGCGGGCCUCCUCCUCUAUUGCACCUGCUCCUACAGUGGCUUGUCCUCACGUUCCUCCACCACACUGGAGAACUACAACUUUGAACUGUAUGACGGCCUCAAGCAUAAGGUUAAAUUGAACCAGCAGCGCUGCUGCACUGAAGCGUGAGGAGAAAGAGAGAGGAAACCAAAACAUAUGUGAAUACCUCUCGCAAUCUUCAUUUGCUUCUAGCUUCACCUUAGUGUCAGCUGACUUCCUCAAGGAGACAGACCCCUGGACACAUGGACAAGUUGGCCACUUUUUAUCUGAAGUGAGCUCUCCUUUUCCUGUUUGGAAAAAUGGCACAGUCAUUUAUUUUGUGGUAAAAGCAACAAUGUGAAAAACAUUGAGGUCAGCACGAUGAAUUGCUCCAUUUCAAGGCCUCGGACAUCUAAAUAUCGACACAUAUCAACUUUAGAUUCCUGCUCCACCAAAAGAGAACUGUUUCUAAAUGCGCGUCAUAGAUUUGUAAGAGUUCUAGUUUUGAAAGUGCACAUACUGAGUCAAAAUAUUGUCCUGGAAAGGUGGUAGGUUAGGAACGUGCUUAGCAAGCAUCUUUUUUGGCUCAAACAUGUGAACAUGUUGAUGUAGAGCUUAGCUCCUGUGUCUGGCCCAUUGACAUUUUGUUCCAUUGUGGACUCUUCUCCUUGUUGGGCACGCCUCCGCUGUGGUAUUUUUAGUCAUUGACGUCUGUCAGCUUAGUAGUUCUGCACUCACUCUCUUUGUGUUUAAUGUUUCUGUUCUGGCUCGUGGCCAAUUAGUGAUGGCUGAUAAAUAGGGGACACAGCACCUAAAGUGGGGGCGUGAAGGUUAGUGUAGUCGUAGUGGGAUUUUUUUUUUUUUUUUUAAUGGCAGGGAGAAUUAUAGUCGUCGCAGACCGUUCUCUGGAGACAAAGUCAUGUUUUCUUUGUACUUAAUGGAGAAGGGUCAAUGAGUUUUAGUGAGUGCAACCUAUGGAUUGCUGCUGAGAGCAGGAACUGACAACUGUGGAGGAAAAAGAAACAAGGAGAGGCAGGGGGCACCCGGGCUCACCGAUAUGUUCUCGCUCUGUGCCAAAGACGAGAACUGAACAUGCAACCAGAAAUUUCUCGUCUCAAUGGUAUGACCACAUGCCAAUGGACACACAUCAAGCCUUAAACUGGAAUUGUUGAGCAGACAUACCGAGGAGAAACCAAGGUGAGAACACAUCCCACUUUGGACCAGAGAAGCCAUGAUUUGAAGGACCUAUCCCACCGCCAUCAGAAACAUUCAUUGCACAAAGCUCAUUCAACCGCAUGGCCUACGAUGGCUUACUUCAUGUUUUGUUUUGGUUUUUUUCUCAGCUAUUUUCAGCUUUCAUAAAGCAGGGUGGGCAUUUCUUUGUAAAAACUCCUUUGCAUGAAUAGACUGAAUCUCAAGGUGGAAAAUGGGAGAGAAAAUAUUGAUUUUGCUGUGAUGCUUCAUAAAUCUCAUGACACACUGACAUGAUUGGCUUGUACAUAUACAUGUGCAAAGAAUGGUUACUGACACACACA